UUUUUUUUUUUUUUUUUUAACUGUGUAAUCCGCAGCUGAAACGUCGUACGUAUACCGAUGUCGCGCGGGCUCCGUUUUUAGUUGCGAGCGGCGGCGGUUGUGAGAGAAGAGGACAAAAUGAAGACGAUAGCGCAAAGCUGCGUCCUCUUAUUGUGGAUGCAUACUUUGGUGACCUUGGUCGAAUGUCAAGAGUGCACACUUGAAGAUUUUCUGAACGGUCGCCUGUACGAUUCCAAUUUUGACACAACCGGUUUGGAGGCCAAGUACCUCGACGGGCAGCAAGUGCGAGUGCGCUGCAAUGUUGGCUACGGCGGAUUUUUCCGACUCAUCUGUACCGAUGGACGGUGGCAAUCUCGUGGAACCAGAUGUCAACCAAAGCCGUGCGGUCACCCGGGCGAUUCCUCCAAUGCAAAUUUUCAUUUGGAGCAAGGCGUCGAUUUCGUCUUUGGCUCCCAAGUCCAGUACACUUGCCACGAAGGUUACGUCAUGGUGAGUCGCUUCAACUUCCGCCGUUGCAUGGCGGACGGCGGCUGGAGCGGCACCGUUCCGGUGUGCGAAGCCAUUCUGUGCCCCUUCGUCAACGUGGACGACAACGUGGAAGUCAUCGGGGACAUAGAGGAAGCCAACUACGGUAACGUGGUUCGAUUUGGUUGCAAGAACAACAACGAAAUCCUCGUGGGUUCAUCUGAGAUGUCCUGUAAUGAAAACCGAGAGUGGAGCAGCCGUCCUCCCAAAUGCCAAGCGAUCAAAUGCACCGCGCCGCUGAUCCAAAACGGUUUCGUGCCCGGAAAGGUCCAAGAGUACAAAGAACACGACAUAUUGUCCUAUCAGUGUAACCCGCGCUACCAGUACGCCGAAGCCAGACCUUCGGCCUGCACGAAAGUCGGAUUGCGAGCCGAGUGGAGCCCCCGUCCCGCUUGCGAAUUGAUCCAAUGCAAAGUGUCGCUGCCGCCCAUCGAUGGAACCAGCUACAAACCCGCUCACACGUCCUUGUUUUCACCCGGCGACACGCUCAACGUCACCUGUGGAGCCCGACACUGGAUUUCAACCACGCGGCAGAUCUGGGCGCUCUCGACGUGCAAAAACGACGGGAAAUGGAGCAUUCGACCGAUAUGUCAGGAGGUGACCUGCAGUAACCGAAGGCACCCCAACGUAUGGCAAUGGGACAUCGGUUGGGGACGGAUAGUAACAUUGGGUACUUCCGUCGACUUUACCUGUCGGUCAGGCUACAAGAGAACAAACGGCUCCCGGAAGGUCACGUGCACCCGAGACGGCUGGAUACCAAAUCCGCCCUGCCGAGAAAUAACAUGUGACACCAGGGAUAUCCCGAGCGCAAACAUCGCCAACGGCGGCAAGCAAAUAUAUAAUAACUACGAAACGGCCUAUUUCACGUGCAAAGGUUCUCAAGACUGGUUUAGUCUAACUUGCUCUGAAAACGGCUGGCAGGGAAACGUCUAUUGCCCAGGACACCAAUGCAAACAACUUGACCUCAGCAACGCAGACAUUAUCCGCAACAAAAAGAACUAUUACAACGAAGGCGAACGCGUCCGAUACGCCUGCGCAAAUGAUGCCGAUCGGCAAUUCACCGUCACCUGCGAGCUGGCCGGCUGGACCGGAAUUCAGAACUGCACAGUGUGCCUCCAACCUGACGUCCUCCAUGGCUUCGCCGUCGGUCCGGUACAUGACGCGCUCUACUACACGUGCGACGAAGGCUAUAAACUUGCCACGAAAGGGUGGUGGGGCGAAGCCAAAUGCAUUGAUGGUCUUUGGUUUGGACUGGAACAAUGUGUGGAAACAAAUACGUGCGGGGAGAUACCCGUGAUCGCGAAUGCCAAAAUCAAACACCAGAGGGAUAGAAACGGAAAUGCUGACAGCGUCCAGAUUAUUUGCAAGGAUGGAUACCAGAAUCGGAUUGAUCGCUUAUUGUGUGUGGGAGGAAAAUGGCAUUCCAAUGGAUUACCCUUUAACUCCAUCUGCACUCUUGUUGCCGGGACCUGCGAUCCGCCUCCGAAAAUUGAGAACGCGGUCAUUCUGACUGCAUUUCAGAGGGAAUACUUGUCUGACGCUAAAGUAACAUUCAAGUGCCGGGAGAACUACAUGAUGGAAGGCAAAGACACAAUCACGUGUCAAAACGGACGAUGGGACAUUGUGGACAACGACAUAAAGUGUAUACCCUACUGCUCCAAGCCCAAAGAUGCGCAAGUCACGAUGACCUUCACUGACGACAAAGAGAAAUACGUCAACGAUGACGUCAUAGAGUAUCGCUGCAUCCAUGCGGGUGAAAAAAGCGGGGGCUCCGCCACCUGCGUCAAUGGCAAGUGGAGUCAACCAAUUCGAUGUGAAGUGAAGCCGUGUCCACUUCCCGAAAACACUCCAAAUGGCUAUUAUCAGUUUGUCCACGGUGACGACUUUGUUUUCGGGGCAAAGAUCAAAUACUCUUGCAAUGCGGGCUAUCAAAUGGUGAGUAAAAUUGACACCAGGACAUGCUUGCUGGAAAAAUGGACCAACCACGUCCCAAUUUGUGAACCCAUGAGAUGUGACCCACCGCCUGCACAGGGGGGGAUCACAAUCACAGGUUUACCAGAAAACGAAGAGGGCAUCCUUCCCGAUCACUUCCUCAAGUUCAGCUGCGACCUUCCCGGGAAACAACUGAGUGGCAGCUCACUGCUAAUAUGCGGUCAAGAUGGCGUUUGGGAUCAGCCAUUCCCAUCUUGUGAAGACAUUUCCUGUAAAGUCGAAGAUCUACACCUUCAUCUUACUGCAGACGGGCUGCCACCGGGGAAUCGAACCAUACGAACGGGACACAAAUUAAGAUUUCGCUGCGGUGAUGGAUACGCUUUGAAUGGAGCUGAAGAAAUUGAAUGCUUGCCCACCGGGCAGUGGAACAAAGCUUUCCCGACUUGCACUGAACCGUGCCAAGUGUCGGGGAUACAUGCUAGCGUACGCUUGAGCAGCAGUUUCCGAGGCACACAAGCAAGAGAAGGACAAAAGUUGACGUUUCAUUGCCGCCUGCGUGGUCAGAUGCUUCAAGGGAAAGCGGAAGUGAAAUGUCUUCCGAAUGGGCAGUGGAGCGAUCCCUUCCCGACGUGCGGAGCUCCUUCGGAAUGUGAGCGUCCACCUCACCUUCCCGGUGGCGACACCGAAUCCUCCACCAAAUUCAUUUACAAACAUAAUGACAGAGUUAAGUACAUUUGCCAGAAUUACUACGUCAUGGACGGGCACCCCUACAUGACCUGCAACAAUGGCCAAUGGGUGGGACAGAUGAAAUGCCUCAAGCCCUGCACCGUGGAUAGAGAGCUCAUGAGCACCCACAAAAUUGCAUUCCGAUACGUCCGCGACGAUAAGUUGUACUCUGCCCAUGAUGACGUCAUCGAGUUCAGGUGCGCCUCGGGAACGAGACAUGACGGCGUUCUGGAUAUGCGACAGAAGUGCACCGACGGAGAAAUGGAACUGCCCACCUGCCAGUAGCUGCUUUUGCGGGGGUCGUCAUCGGCCAACUGUCGUUAGUAUGCCGCUGCAUUGUCUGCUUGUUUUCAAUUAAAAAAAACGUCUGUGC